UUCAAUAUCUUGAUCUGUUUAAACGAUUAACAAUCCUACAGACCAUACGGACUAUUUAUCUGUUCACACAGGAAUUAUUAUCGUAUGGUAUAUAUACAUUUACAUUACAUCAAUCAAGAGAGGCAGGAAUUGGAAUGUUUAAAAUAUUCUAAAAAGAAUGGCGUCCAAAAAAGAUGUAAAAGAGUGCACACUCAUAAUGCAAAAGUUAUUGAAUGUAAUGCGAACAAAUAUAGAAUUAACUGAAUUUUUAAUUAAGUUCCUUAAGAAUUUUCGAAAAUGCGAGAACAGGGAGCUAAUGAGUGACGCAAUAAAUGUUCUUUUCACGGAAGACUGUUUUUUUACCAAAGACAACUUGAGUUUGUUUAAAAGGAAAAUUAAAGAAAUUGUUCCACCUAAAUGUAUGCAAGGAAAAGAGUUAGACUUGAAGAAUUUAUAUAAUGAGAUGUUUAUAGGUUCGGGUGGAUUUAGUGUGGUGUUUUUGUGUGAAUAUAUAAACGACAAUAAAAAAACAAAAGUAGCUGUAAAAAAAUUAGACACUUUUCUAAUAAAUUCGGAAGAUAUGAUGACAGAAGUUUACAUUAUGUGUAAAUUAUCACAUCCAAAUCUAUUGCCCAUUAUUGGAUACAACUUGAAGGGUUAUGUUAUUAUCACCCCAUUCAUGAAAUAUGGACAAUUGUUUGAAGUUUGUCAGUUAACACAUAGUAAUAAACAAUUAUAUAAGUAUCUUAUUGAUGUAAUAGAUGGACUUGCGUACUUGCAUGAUAACAAGUACAUUCACAGAGAUUUGACAGUUAGAAAUGUAUUAGUGGAUGACAAAAAAAACUGCAAAAUCGGUGAUUUUGGAUUGGUAGUCAAGGUUGGGAAAAAAGGAAUGUUUUAUAGUGAGAGACACAUUUAUGCUUACCAUUUGGCACCGGAAACAUCCAAGACGCAAAUAUUUUCGCUCUUCAGCGAUGUUUUUAGUUUGGGUGUCCUAAUUUGGGAAGUAAUGUCUUGUCCUAACAUAUUGUUUCUGCCUGAUUUAGAAUAUCCUGAAAAGACAGAAAGAUGCCCUGAAGCUUUAUUCGAUGUUAUUCAAAAAUCACUUGCAUCAAAUCCAAAAGACAGACCUGCCCUUAAACAAAUUAAGGACUGUGUAGAAACUUUAUUGAAGUAAUUACUUGAUUUAAAUAACUUUUU